CGGCGCGCCGCUCCCGCUGGGUAGUGCGCGCGCGGCGGCGGACCAGUCCACACACGGCUGCGGGCGACACGCACGCGAGUGAGUGCGGCGCGCGCGUGUUUGGAGUGAAGUGAGUGACGGGGAGGGGUGUAUAUAGGCUCGCCGAGUGACAAGCCGAGUGACAGUGAUGUGAUGCGAGUGCGUCGUGUUGUGAGUGACGGGCUGCGGCCCAGCUGUGCUUCCUGUCGUCGUCGUCGUCGUCGUGAUCCCCUUGGAAAUAACAACUAUACAAUAACUCGUGCUCCGCGGACUCGCCGGCCGGCCUACGGAGAGCAGGCGGAUCUCCGCGGGGCGUACAUGACCGUCCCGACCGCGCCGCAGUUUCCGGGAGAAGUUAGGUGCAGCAGUUGUUUGGCGGCUUCCUGGACGUGACCCGCCGCCCUCUUGUGAUAUGUUGCGCAAGUCGGCCAUGUACAACCUCAAGGUGUCCACGGCCUUCGCCCCUGGCGGGGGCGGCGGCGGCGGCGGCGGCGGCCCCCCGGGCUCGGGGCUGCUGUCCGUGGACCCGCAGGGGGUGACGCCCAGGACGCCCGAGAUCCUCAACUCGCUUAUGGCCAUGAGCCACCCCUUAGACCCGUUUGCCAACUCGUCCACCCCGAACGCGUCGGCGGCUGUCCCGGAGCUCGGCUCGCCCAACGGAGUGUCCGGCUCGUCGUUAGUGGGGUCGCCCGGCCGGUCGCCGCCGUCGCUGCAGCACACGCGGUCGCAGCUCAUCAAGGAGGGCCUCAAGCUGACGCUGCAGACCAAGCGGCGGCACACGUCGGCCACGUCCUGCGCCUCCGUGUCCGGCGCGUCCGGGGACGAGGACGACGACUCGGUGACCAGCGGCAAGCGGGUAAAGGGAGAGGAGCUGACUCCAGAGGACGAGGAGAGGCGGCGGAGGAGACGCGAGAGGAACAAGGUGGCCGCCACCAAGUGCAGGAUCAAGAAGCGGGAGCGCACCGUCAACCUGGUGCAGGAGUCGGAGAUCCUGGAGAGCCAGAACUAUGAGCUCAAGUCGCAGAUCCAGGAGCUGGAGACGCAGCGGCGGCGCCUCGUCGACAUGCUGUCGUCGCACUCGCCGUCGUGCACGCGGCCGGGGCACGUCCACCAGCCGGCCGGCGCGCCGCCGCCGCCGCCGCACUACGACCUGUACAGCCCGACGUACUCGCCGGCCGCGCCCAGCGGCGCCGCGCCCGCCCACCACACGCCCAGCGCCUACGCCGACGUGCUCAUGACCCAGUACUGCCACGGCCAGGAGGCGGGGGCGGCCGACGAGGAGGCGCUCACCCCGUACUUCCCCGGCGUCACCAAGCACGAGAUCGUGGACGACCCCCUGCUCGCGGGGCUGGACGACCCCCUCGACGUGUACGGGGCGUACCAGCACCCCGGCCUGGAGCACGGCGUCGACCACCCCUACGGCCGGCCCAACACGCUGCACCUCGACACGCCGGCGUCCACCCCCGGCUCCAGCGCGCCCAGCCCCGCCCAGCACGGCAUGGCCGUCGGGGCGCCGCUGCCCGGGCCGGGGUGCCCGCCGUGCCCGCCGUGCCCGACGGGCAUCCUCCACCAGUCCCCCACCCACCUGUACCAGCACCAGCAGCACAUGCUGAACUCGCCGCUCACACCCAUGAGUUCUGACGGAGUGAGCAUCUUCGGCAUGGACAGUGGGUGCAUGGCGUAGUUGAGUUCCAGAGUGGUGUGGAAAGUGAACUGGUGAUUGUGUGGGCCAAUAUCAUUUAGUGUAGCCAUGCACCCUGGAAGAACAAUUGGUGAAAAACUGCAGUAUAAGUCGUGGAAUGUUUUCGUAGUCGUUUAUUGACUCUUCAGACUAGGAGAAGAUUUCCCCCCUCAUACCUUUACCACACAUCAGACAUUUUAUCUUGAAUAUUUACCCCUUGCCAGUCACAAAGGAAAAAGUCAUAAGUUAACCAUGUACCAUUUGUUAAGAACCAAUUUGAUUGUUAUUGCUUUGUUGUAUGAUGGACAGAGUACAUUAUAUUUUUAUGUUUCCAUGUGUGUUAAAAUUC